ACGUGACGCCGAAGCGCUGUGUCACGUGACUGGCGCCCCCGCGGGAGCGCUCGCUGUCCGGUACGCGCGCGGCGGCUGCCAUGGGGUUGGUACUGCUGCUCCCGCCGCUGCUCCUGCUCCCGCCGCUGCUCCUGCUCCCGCCCGCCCGCGCCGCUCCCGCUGCCCGGGUCGUGCGGCCCGGCCUGGAGGAGCGGAUCUUCCCGCAGGUGAGGGACCACUUCAACUUCGAGACCUGCGGCAACGAGACCUUCCCGCAACGGUACCUGGUGUCGGCAAAGUUCUGGAAGAAAGGAUUUGGACCUAUCUUUUUCUAUACUGGCAAUGAAGGUGACAUCUGGACUUUUGCUCAGAACUCUGACUUCAUAUUUGAAUUAGCAGAGGAACAGCAAGCACUUGUCAUUUUUGCUGAACAUAGGUAUUAUGGGAAGUCUCUUCCCUUUGGACUUGAGUCAACACAGCUGAAGAAGACUGCUCUGCUCACCGUGGAACAAGCCCUUGCUGACUAUGCAGUGCUCAUUACUGAGCUUAAGAAACAGUUUGGUGCUGCGGAUUGCCCUGUCAUCGCUUUUGGGGGCAGCUAUGGAGGAAUGCUGAGUGCUUACCUGAGGAUGAAAUACCCAAAUGUUGUGUCUGGUGCAUUAGCUGCCAGUGCUCCUCUGCUGUCUGUGGCUGGGCUUGGAGACCCCACCCAGUUCUUCAGAGAUGUCACAGCAGAUUUUCAAAAGUCCAGCGUAGGCUGUGUCACAGCUGUCCGUAAAGCCUUCCAGCAAAUCAAGGACCUGUGCCUGAGUGGAGCCUAUGAUGAGAUCAGCAGCAAAAUGGCCACAUGCAAUAAGAUCUCUAACAAGGAGGAUGUUUACCAGCUGUUUGGGUUUGCUAGAAAUGCCUUCACCAUGAUGGCCAUGAUGGACUAUCCAUACAAAACCGACUUCAUGGGUGACCUCCCUGCCAAUCCAGUGAAGGUUGGCUGUGACCAAGUUACUGCCCACAAAGACCCAGUUGAAGGCUUGGCUGCUCUUGUUGGGGUGUUAUACAACUCCUCUGGCUUGGCGCAGUGUUAUGAUAUAUACCAGCUGUACCAGUCCUGUGCUGACCCCACAGGCUGUGGCAUCGGCUCGGAUGCAGAGGCUUGGGACUACCAGGUUUGCACCGAGAUCAACUUAACAUUUAACAGUAACAAUGUGACAGACAUGUUCCCUGAGAUGCCCUUCACAGAGGCUAUGCGUGAGCAGUACUGUUGGAACAAGUGGCGUGUGAGGCCACGAGCACACUGGCUACAGACAAACUUUUGGGGAGAAGACCUGAAAAGUGCAAGUAACAUCAUUUUUUCAAAUGGAGACCUGGACCCAUGGGCUGGAGGUGGGAUAAACAGCAGCCUCAGCCCUUCACUGAUUGCACUUACCAUUAAAGGAGGUGCCCAUCACCUUGAUCUCCGGGGACACAACCCAGCUGACCCCCCAUCCGUCACGGAGGUGCGCAAGCUUGAAGCCAGGAUCAUCAGCAGUUGGGUGAAAUCUGCAAGCAUGGAGCGGGUGCGGGAGCAGGGUGCAGGAGCUGCAGCAGGCAGCCAGUCCUGAGCCCUUCCAUCCCCACAGCCCCUGGAUGUAGCCUGCUGUGCUGGUUCUAGGCUGGCUGGGACACCAUUCUGUUCUCUGCCAUGAUGGUGGGAACUCCCUUUUCCAAAGUGUCCCACCUACACCUCAUUGAGCAUCAAAAGAAAUGCAAAAGGCCAAAUCACUGACAGAAGCUGAAACCACAUUUUCUGGGCUCCAUGCUUGCCUGCUCAGGCUGAGCUGUUACAAAGGGCAGCAAUAUGAAAAGGUCCACGACCCAUCACCGACCUGAACACGAUGGUUGCAUGAGGCACUUUAAGGUUGAAACUAAAAUAUUUUUAGAGAAAAAGGAAAUACUAGGUGGCUAGUUGAAAAGCAGAGGUAUGCUCAUGACUGACCCAGGGUCAUGGUGAGUUCCACUAGUGACCAGUUAUCUAAAACAGACUACAUCAGUCUUAGCCGGGGCUGUGAGUUGGGAGUGUUUUAGUUUUAACAAGAGAUUCUAGCUGAUGAGAUGAAGAUUUAUACGAAGGAAUCCUAGGGUGCGCUGCUGUCAAUCAAGGUCUGUGUAUUAGUGACCAGUAAAGCACACUUCCACUGAGACAUCUUCAGAGCUUUUGGAAAUCAAUUACAAGUAUAUUAAAAUGUGCAAUAUAAAAGUUUAUUAAAGGAUGUCAUAUAA